ACAGUGCUUGGUACUCGCUUGCAAAAAACAUGGUUUCGAUGUUGGGUUAGAGGAAAAAAACAACAGCAUUUCUCAACGUUUUGGUUACAAAAUUAAUGGAGGGUUACAGCUUUGAACAUGGAAAAUCAGGUGUUAGUCUUGUGGAUUAUCUUGAAUUUGACGAGGAUGAACAGAUUGAAGAUUCAAGCGGGAUUACACAGGUGUAUAUGGAUCGGGACAUCGACGACUCGACCACUGAUGAAGGCCAUGGAAAUACGGACGACGACUGCACAGAUGAAAUGAAAGGCACCAUUCAGCAUACCAUAUCAGAUGACCAGAUCCUCAUGCAGAUCAUGCCAGGAGGAAACUGUAUGCCUAGCAAUCCUACACAUGCCACAUUAACCGUAGAGAGUCAGAACCCAAAGACCAAAGCAACCGAGGUCAAGAGAUUCAAGUGUACAUUUGCUGGUUGCACACGCACAUACAGUACACAGGGAAACCUCAAGACUCAUGAAAAAACACAUAGAGGUGAUUACACAUUUGUGUGUAACCAGUCAGGAUGUGGCAAGUCGUUUUUGACAUCCUAUAGCCUAAAAAUCCAUGUCCGUGUACAUACAAACGAAAAGCCAUAUGAAUGCAAUAUUUCUGGCUGUGAAAAGUCAUUUAACACUCUUUACAGGUUAAAAGCACAUGAACGACUUCAUACAGGAAAGACCUUUAACUGUGAUGAAAAUGGAUGUACUAAAUUUUUUACAACUCUCAGUGACCUUAGAAAACAUCUACGAACACACACCGGGGAGCGUCCAUAUAUAUGUCAGCAAGAUGGGUGUGGUAAAGCAUUUGCUGCCAGUCAUCAUCUAAAAACCCACACCCGAAGCCACACAGGUGAUAAACCAUUUUCUUGUCAACAAGAUGGUUGCAGGAAAGCCUUCACUACAGUGUACAGUCUCAAGUCCCACAUGAACAGGCAUGAGCGGGACCAGGCUAAAGAUAAAACAGAUGACCACAUAAGCACAUCAUUAGGAGAAACUGAUCAGAUGGGCAGUACAGUACUGUCAGAAAUGAUCUCAUUUCCAGACUACACGCAAGCAGAGGUAGUAUCUGAAAGUAAGUCUACUUUGACAGCUGAACAGCUUCUCAAUUCCCUUUAUGCGUCAUCCUGUGAAGGACAGCAAGAGGUCUCAGCUGCUAGUGCCAGGAGUAUCUGCCACCCAUCAUUGCUGUUGUUCCUGCAGAAGCUGGUCUCGGGGGAACAGACUCAGUUAUACUGACUACUAGACUCUAAUGCAGCCAUGUGUGUGGUGGACCCUGCACAGAUUAUGCCAAAUUGUUGUGUACCUAAAGGAGUGUCUGCAGCUUCAGUGCUUAUAGAAAAUUCAGUCUGUGUGAAACCUAAAACAAACAAAGUUCUGCUUGAGCCAAAAGAGGAGCCUGGAGUAGUCCCAAUGUUACCAGCGGAUGUAAUGCCGGGAUCAGUUGUGGAAAAGAGUGAAGUAACCAUUGGUUUAAGCAGUGAUGCGAGUGUAUCAGUGAUAUCAACCCGUGUGCAGCCUCACAGCAUGCCUCAGCAAGCAUGUCCCUCCUCUGUUGCUGCUGAUGCCUGCUGCUUGCCACAGGUCAUAAACUCCAUGCCUGCAGAUAGCAUGGCUGCCCAAGGAACCUCAAACACUCAAUGUUCAGAUUCCUUAGAAUCAUCUGCUGCCCAGCAAGUGUCUAAUGAUGGAACCUUAACAUCAGCAAUACAAAAUGGAAUUCCAGUGACAAUAGACCCCUCAACUUUAACAGGGCCUGUAGCACUAAACCAAGUGUUUGUACCUAUCUACAGUAAUACAGACAAGGGGCCAAUCAUUGAGCUGGUGCCAAUCAAAACCAGUCUCAGCACUCACCUUCCUGUCACCAGCAGUCACACAGAGCAAGGUGUUUAAAAGGGCCCUUCUCCAAUAAGUUGAUGGAAGAGAGUUUGCAUUGUUUAUGAAAUUUCAAUUACUUUGGCACUGUUGAAAUGCUUUCUCUAAAAGAAGGCAUGUUGGCUUUACGGGUUAUGUCUGCCAGCAUGUCAUUUGUGCUUGUAGAACAGUUUUCUGCAGUGAUACUUAUCAGGUUCAUCAGACUAUUUCAUAAAUAUAUAGUGUGCAUAUUUGUGUGAGCACGUAUUUAAACAUGUAUGCUCAUGCAUGCAAAAAUGAUAAUAACAGUGUACUCCACUUGAAGACGUGCAUUGUCUGGACCAAAUAUGAUAGAUAAACUUAAUUGAGGCAUUUAAAUUUCACUCAUAACAGUUAAUACAGAAUGGUCCAUUUGUUAAAACAAAAGACGAUUUUUAGUGCAAAAGUAAGAGACUGUUGACUCUUUUUUCAUAUUUUUGAUUCCUUUGACAGCAUUAAAGCACCCAGCCAAUUGAACAAUGAAAAAAUUCUCAGUUUUAUGGCUUUAUUGUGAUGGAUCUGAUCCUAAUUGAUAAGGAUGGUAGGAAAAAGAUAAUAUUCAGUUAAACUAAAAUGUCAGUUUUUACGUUUUUUUAACUAGCACUUGGUGAGAGAGUGUUACAUGAGAAGGUUGUAUGAGUAACCUACUGGUUGCUGUUUUUCUAGUUUGUUUCCUGAAAAAAAAAAUGGAAGAUAAAAAAAAAUUGAAAACUUUACAGAAUGGUUUUUACUAUCAGAAAAUCUGGCAUCCAAUGGGCUAACAAAUAUAUUUAAAGAUUAAUUCAAGCCAAUUUGUUAGGGAUGGUAAUAUAAUGUGCUAUAAGUGGAGUGCACUGUAUGUGCAAGUGUGGAUUAAAAAGAAAAUUAUCUCUAAGUUACCAGGUUGUCAGAACUUUUCUCAUUAAUAUUGAAUGAAAUGUGUCUGAACAACUUUUGUAAAAUUCACUGGCUGUACGUACACAUAAAAAUUGAGCAGUAUGAAGAAGGGUGGCAGUGUGGAGAGUUUCAAGAAAAGUUCUUCGCUCUCAGGUGAUGAAUAUAAAUAUUAUUUAUACAAAUUUAAUUUUCAAGGUAUUUUUUUUUAAUUAACUGCUAGUACACCAUGGCUAAAUUUAAUGGAAUCAAGGAAUCAUUUAAUUACAGGAGUAUAAUUAAGAAAGGUUUUUGAUAUUUUAUAAAUAGAGGAAAAAAUCAAGGCUGUUCUUUCUUGUAUUCAUUAGAAAAAUAAUAAAUUUCAUUCAAUGUGUGAAACCUAAAACAAAGUUCUGCUUUAGCCAGAAAGGAGCCUGGAGUAGUCCCAGUGUUAUCAGUAAAUGAUAAGAUCUUAAGGCAACUUUCAAACAGAAAUAGUGUCAUAAUAAAGGUUUUACUGCUCAACCAGUUUUCUAGACAGCAUCCCCUGUUGAACAUUUAAUCAGUGUCAAAACACUAUAGGCACUACUGUGCAUGGAACCGAAGACCGCUGAACAAAAUUGCACAAUAGCACAGGUCUUUGGUUGCGGCCCUGUGCUCCACAUGGGGGCGAUUAGAAAUAAUAAUAAAAAGAAGACAGGUCUUUGGAAGAGAAUGGAUACAUAUAUUGCCUGCCAGAUAUAUAGGCAACCAACAUAAACUCUACAAAAAUAGGAGAGUUGCAUAAUUGGGACUUAUCCUGUUGUAAAUAUUUUUUUAGGAGCAUUAAAAAAAAAAAAAUUAAGUUAUCUAGUUACGGAUAGCUUACAUACUGGUGCCAGUUGAUUAACAAAGCAUCCAGUUUUAUGGACUGCAAUACUAAAUUAAAAUCAGUGAUUAGUCCUGCUUGUCUGGACACUGCCUGCUGUUUAAUCAUGAUGGUUUAGUCCAAAGAACAGGCAAGCUGUUUAUCCGUGAUAGAGGGAACGUUGCUCGGAGGCCAUUACUAAAUCAUUGACAUUAACUAAGAAUUGAAAAGUCAAACACCAUAGCUAUCUGCUUGAAAGACAAUAUGAUGAUAAUGGCCGGGGAACACUAAAUGUGGGGCAUGUGGCAUAACUUGAUCAUAACUCAUUAAAAAAGAUUUGAAGAGUUCAACAUAAUAUUUUUAAUGGUGAGAGAGAUCUAGCAUAAGCUAACUGAAGUGCAAAAAAUUUUUAUUUUUAAGCUGCAGACAAUCAAUAAAACAUAACAGUAUACUCAGUAAUUUUCCUCAUCAUCCUUCAAGGUCAAGAAACAUUCAUUGUUGGUAUCACUUAAGUUCAUCUUGCCAUUCACUUGCCUGUUCCUUUAACUAUUAGGACUACAUACAUGUUUUAUCUCUAGAAACUCUUCUUCUUGUGGAUGGUUUUUUAGUUCUUCUGAGUUGUACCAUUCAUUCAAAAUAUAUUUAAGGAUAUUGCAUUUUAUUUUCAAUUAGCAGUAGGUCUUCAUUUUACACUUUUGACAUGAUGCUUUGCAUAAUUGGGCAAAAAUCUUCUAGUCUGAUAUAUCUCAAUACAGCCGAAUCCACUGAAUGUCCCACUCCAUUUAACUGGAACAUGCAGAACCAGCAUGACAGUAUUCUUAGUGUGUUGAUACAAAAAUGAAAGGUAUUAAUGUUUUAAAUGUACUGCUCGCUUCAUCAGAAAAUGAUGAAAAAAUUUAAAUCUUUAUUUCAGAAGUUUUCUGUUGCUUUUAGUUUUUAUUUUCACUUUUUUGAAUGUUUAAUAUAUAAGUUAUUAACUUUCGGAAAAGUAGAAAGGAUGAAACUUAAAGGAGUAACAUGUAGAUUUUUGCCUCUGGUAGAAGAUGGAUGUAUUCUGUAUUUAAGUGAUUGUUAGACAGCUGUGAAUGAAUUCGUUUUAGUGGUCUCCAUAUGUACAUACUUUCCAUCAACAGUGUUCCGCACUUUAUUGUGGAUUCUUGAAAUACAGAGCUGUCUUAAGAGACUAUUUAUUCUUUGGUUUACAAGUAAAAACAUUGGUAAUUGCUCUUGAGACAACAUGCAUUUGCGAUGUUUAAUGUCUGUAAAACCCAAGAUUGGGAUAAAAUAAGCAGAGGCAGUAAAGUUUUUAAGAUGCAAGGUUUGCUCCCAAUUGCACUGUAGAUGUAAGCUGGGAGCAUAUUUUGCACUACUUUGAACAGCACGUAUUUGCAUUUUUUUCAAGCACCAGGCACAUUUUUGUAAAUAAAAAGUAUCCUUAAAAUAAAAUCCAUAACUACUGUUUUUGUUAGCAUUUUAACUUGGUUAAUUUUGGCAUGUUAGGUGACAUUUUGUUUUGUUAUGAAUUCAUUGCUAAGUUCUAGUCAUGAUCUGCCCUGCUCCACAAUUUUUGUUUUUCUUAUGGUUUGGAGGGGUGGGGGAGAGUUAAUUCAACUUCCUUAAGCACUAAUUUGCUAUCUUUAAAUGUAUAAGGAAUUUGGCCAGCUUUGUGAAAACUACAUUGCCCUAGACGGUAAUUCAGUACAUGAAUUUGCAUGUAAUUCUGCUAGAAGAACUAUUUCUUUGAUACAAAAAAAUGCUUCUUGCCAGAAAGGGAGGUUUAAAAAAAACUAGGGUUAUCUCCCAUGACAUGUUUUUUUCCUCCUUUUUGUAGCUGUGUACAAAAAUAUCACUAAUGUGUAAUUAUUAUCUCAUUAUUAUGCAGCUCAAAGGAUUUUGUGGUUGACAGACAUCCAAGACACCAGCCCUAUAUUGAAGAGUUUAGUUCUCAUUUUAUUGUUAACCACUUGGUAUUUGCAUCUUUAUUGUGAUAUUUGGCGAAGUGUUGAAGUUUCAGAAACUUUAGAUGUUUUUAUUUAUUGUGUCCUAAUGCUCCUUAGACAAUUAUAUUUUGUAAGGUUUAAUGUUUUUUCUAAAUUUUUGCAUAAUGUUUUUAGCAUUAAAGUCUACAAGGUUUUCUUCCAGUUGGUGAGUUUGCAGUUCUUAAUCCUUACCAAGAAGAUGUAUUUUUUUUUCUUUUUGUUUCACUAAGCCUGCCCAGUAUACAACUGCAUAUCAAAACAUUUAAUAGAAGCGGUAAAAAAAAAUGCUUCCUUCCACCGACCUUUAGCACUUAACUGAUCAGUUGUUAGCUGUUUUGUACGUUUAAUUGAAACCACUAAGAACGAUGACUUGUGAAAUUGUAAGAUAAUUGACUUGUGCGUGCGUGGAAAAUGUUAGUUAAUGUUUUGGAGUGUUUGUGACAUGAAAGUUCAUAUCUUAACCCUGACCCCCUCCCCCCUAGCUUACAAAUGUGAAGUCCCCUCACUGCCAUGUUACUUUGAUUUUGUUACAUCAUAAAAAUUUACUUUGGAUGCAUGUUUAUACAAGUGUGCAAGAAAAAAGGAUGGAUGUACAUUCUAGAACUUAGUUCAUGACCCUCGCAUAGCAUUUAUAUUAUGGCAUUGUAUUUUACCAGUCAAGUCUGUAUGUGGAUUAUUCUUAUUCUGUCUUAUAAGGUACAGGUAAUUUAUACAGAGAUCAUCUUUAGCUAUUAUAUGCUUUGGAAAUUAUCACUCAUCUGUCAUCAGAAAUCUGCAGGCAGUUUCACACAAACUGUUAUAUAGACUGAGCUGUUUUUUAUGAGGUAGAUUUGUUCAGUUUUCCCUUAUGUUAUAGAUUUUACAAAUUGAAACUUUUGAUUAAUUAGGGUAAACAAGUAGAUGGCCUUUAAAAUGCUUGUUACAUUUGGCCUUACUUUAUAUAACAUCAAAUAAAUUUCAAUUGUGGCUGUCCUAUCCUACCUCUUUGUUACACACUUGCCCAUACCUGAAGCUGCUGAUGUAGCUUUUGACAUGAAAGAGAGUGUUACAGACUGCUGCACGGCCAUGUGCAGGCAGAUGUGUUUAAGUAUCCAUCACACCCAUCUGUGUGGGUGUGCUUGCAUGUCGAUAUGUGAUGCAGCAAUGAAAAGUAACUUGGAUGCCUCCGAUGUUUAACCUAUUAUAAGCAACACUGUUCUUCUAUUUGUGCCUUACAACUUACUACAAUUAUGAUUCUUUGUAUUCUUCAAGACUGAUCCGAGUUGGCAGGCUUAUCAGUUUUUAAAAAAAUAUUUGCAGGAAAGUAUAGAUUCUCCUAGAACAAGUGUUUAAAUGCUGUCUAAUAAAUUAAAUGGAGUUUAUACAUUUGAUAGCUUUAAAAUAAUUUUGCACUUAGGUUAGCUACAAACGUUUACAGUGGUUAUCAAACAAUGUAUCAGGUUGAAGAUGUAUGUGAAUAGUUUUAAAUGUACAAGAAAUCCUCAUACUUACUGCAUGUAAGUGACCCCUAUGCAAUGUGAAAUCAAAAUUCUUACACCUUAGCAGCGCAUAGAUCUGUUGGGAUGUAACAAAAAAAAACCAAACAAACAAAAAACAGCAUCGUUUCAACUUGAAAUGUGCCAUUUUUACCAGAGAAUGAUUAAAUUGUUCCAAAAUGUU